AUGAGCUCCAGCACCACUGCCAGCGACAAGGAGUUUCGUGAACAGCUGGGCAAGUUUCGCCUUGACUCGGUCGCCAAUUCCCUUCCCCGUCCUCCUCCACCUCCUCUCCCUGCCUCUCAGCUUCCUCUCCCGACUCACCUCCCCUCUCAGCCCCAGCAUCCAGACGCCGUCGGUGUAGGCUCUGACAACCCCCUGCAUUCUUCUUCGACUGGCUCUUCCUCCAUCUCUUCCGCCUCCGCCGCCGCGGUCGCUCGCAGCAAACGCGUCUCCACCGCCUGUGACUUCUGUCGCAAGAGAAAAAAGAAAUGUGAUUUUCGCUAUCCCAAUUGCUCCGCCUGCACCCGUGCUGGGGUCCGCUGUACUAUUCCCCCGCCCGGGCCUCAAGUUGCCAGUGCCUCCGUCCCCCGCGAUCAACUCGAGAACCUUCAAAAACGAGUCAGAUGGCUGGAAGAUAUCGUGCGUCGGAAGACGGGCCUCCCCGUGGCGGACAUGACCACGGGGAGUGUUGUCGAUGCAGAUGGAGACCCUGACUGGUGGUACCAUGUGCCGGCCAUGAUGGCCACAGGUAGCGCUCGUCCUUCGACCGCUGCUGCAUCGAGUCCUGGCGGCAGCACGGCCGGGUCGUCGACUGGACCGACUGCUUCAGAUACUUCAGGAUUCGGUACGGAACUGCCCAAUGUUGGUGAAAUUUUUCGCGACCAGCUAGAGCAUCGCCGACCGUCUGUGGCACGUCCUCUUUCCUCCGCCCCACGCGUCAUCCGCUUGUCUUCGUUGGAAGAAGCAGAGAGAGUAGCGGGAAAUUAUUUCGACAGCAUGGGGUAUCAAUAUCCCUUCCUCUACCGACCCGAAUUCAUGACCCAACUGCGUCGCAUCUACGCGGGCGGCGUGCCGUCAUCCGAGGUACAUUACACAUAUCAUAUCACGAUCGCGAUUGCGUUGCAGAUUGGAGGAGCAGAUGCUAUACAAACGGCUGAAUUCUAUCGUGCGAGUCAAGAGACUUUGCCAUUGGCUAUGCAGAAUGAAGAUCUGUCUGCCGUCAAAGCGCUCUUGAGUCUUGCGCUGUAUACUAUGUUUGCCACGACAGGUCCCAGUGUCUGGCAUGUGCUGGGUACAGCCAUGCGUCUGGCCACGAGUUUGGGGCUACACAAGGCACGUCCGAUGGCUAGCUUGGCCGAGGAGGAAAUGUCCAAGCGAGCUUUUUGGAGUCUCUAUAAUUUGGACCGUCUCAUUGCCAGUACCUUAGGGCGUCCGCUGGGCAUUGCGGACGAGGAUAUUAGCGUUGACCUCCCGCGUGAAUUCAAUGAUGACUGGACGGAGAUUCCAGGUGGAAGCUAUAUGAGCAUUCCCGUACAGGUAGUGCGCUUGCGACGAAUCUUUUCGCGUAUCUAUCGUUACUUGUAUAACAACCAACCCCCACCACCUCAGAAAGAAGUUGCAAUGACAUUAAGCCAUUAUCGGCAGGAGCUGGAUGAAUGGCGCAUGAGAGCUCCUGUGUUCCAACCAGCUCUUCUAUACUCCACCAGCUAUUACGAUUAUCUCUAUUACACAACCCUGCUGCUCAUGUAUCGCCCUAGUCCGCGAAAUCCUACACCCGACGUCAUUAGCAUCAUGAGUUGCGGAGACUCCAGUAUCCAGGUUAUUCGCUCAUAUUGGGAUAGUUAUUCGGUCGGCAAGAUCAAGUGGAUCUGGUUGACCUUGAGUCAGACGUACUUUGCUGGUAUUACCAUUCUUUGGUGUCUGGAGCAGAACUCCCGUGCGUUCCGGGAUGGCAGGCCACCAUUAUGGCAGCCAGAUGAACAGAUGAUGCGUCGUGCCAUACAGGCCGUUGUUGUUCUGCUCGAAGAAUUUGGCAAACGACGACCGGGCGUAGACCGGCUGGCAGAGACGUUUCGCCAUCAGAGCACGCAGAUUUUCAGCCAAAUUGCCUAUCAAGAACAACAGCAGCGAGAGCAGGAGCAGCAGCAACAACAGCAAGUACAACUCCAGCAGCAACAGCAACAGCAACAGCAAUUACAGCAACAGCAACAAUAUUAUCAGCAGCAGCAGAUUCUUCCUCUGGCACAACCAUCGCAGCAAGUGCCAAUGGCACCUGUCCUGGAUGAUGUCUUGCUGGUAGAUGGCACAAUGGGUGUACCAGUGAUCGAUCCCCAGCUAGCGGAACAGCUAUUUUACUCGUACGAUUGGUUCCAAGAGGAGAUGGCGACGUAUUAUACCCUAUGA